AGGAACUUCUGAACGAACACCGUGAUUUAUUACAAUAUCUGCACCACAUUCACUGACACACCGGCAUCACAACGCUGUCAGUAACUGAACGAGUCCAAGGACUGCGCACAUAGAACUGGUAAAAUGUGUCAAGCAUUCUGUGUGAGAUUCAGCCUGUCUUCCAGCUGCCCGCGAUCUCGCUGAAGAAACUCUGAGCUGAUGAAUCUCCACGCUCAUUCAUUUAUACUCGCUCCAGCACGCUGAAUAUUCAAUAUUACACAAGGCUGACGUGUCCUCCAACGGCUGGGAGAGGAGAUGAAGAGCGAAGACGCUGGGGAGAACUGGUCGUAGCAUACGAUCCGCUGGGAGAACUGUUUGUUCGAGAUGGUUUGUGAGCGACGUUCGGAGGGUGGUGUGAGCUUUCACGUUGACCGAGGCCCCAGCGCCUGGGUGACAGAAAAGUUCCAGAUGAGUUCCAACUUGUCUAAACUGACUGACCCAUCUGUGCCACUUUUGAUAAAUGUACCUCGACCAUCUUACCUAUCAGUUUCCUUCGCUCCUGGAGAAAAUCGAAUCACCGGCCCACCGAAUAAUGCAAACAAGGUAAACAUUGUUUACCACGACACCCAUAUUGAAAGGGAAGUCGCACUGCUGCUUUAUGAAACAUACGGUUAAAACGAGAAGUAAUUUGUCUCCAGGAAUCUCAAACACCAGUUUUGCUGUCUCUGUCUAGACAUUUAAGAAGUGGAGCAAGGUAUUCAAUCAACCAUCCUUCCUGCUCAGACAGUGGGGAGGGAUUCACUCGAUCAUCUGACAGACUGGCACAGUCGUCAUUUUAUACAGGAGAAAGGCCGUUCACCUGCUCAAACAGUGGGAAUCGAUUCACUCGGUCAUCUCAAUUGAAAGUACAUCAGCAAGUUCACACUGGGCAAGGCCUUUCACCUGUUCUGUGUGUGAGAAAGGAUUCAGUCAGUGGUCUCACCUGUGGACACACCAGUCAGUUCACACCGGGCAGAUGCUGGUCAUCUGCUGAAUUUCUGGGAAAGGAUUCACUCAGUCAUUUGACCUAAUGGCUCACCAGCGUGUUUACACCGGGGAGUGGACGUUCACCUGCUUAGACUGUGGGAAGGGAUUCACUCACUCUUCCACCCUACUGGUGCAUCAGCGAGUUCACACUGGGGAGAAGCCGUUCACCUGCUCAGUAUGUGGGAAGAGAUUCACUCGGUCAUCCCACCUACAGAGUCAUCAGCGAGUUCACACUGGGGAGAAGCCGUUCACCUGCUCAGUCUGUGGGAAGAGAUUCACUCAGUCUUCCAGCCUACUGGUACAUCAGCGAGUUCACACUGGGGAGAAGCCGUUCACCUGCUUAGUCUGUCAGAAGAGAUUCAGUCGGUCAUCCCACCUACAGUGUCAUCAGCGAGUUCACACUGGCGAGAAGCCGUUCACCUGCUCAGAAUGUGGGAAGAGAUUCUCUGAGUCAUCCCACUUACGGAGUCAUCAGCGAGUUCACACUGGGGAGAAGCCGUUCACCUGCACAGAAUGUGGGAAGAGAUUCACUCAGUUAUCCAACCUACAGAGUCAUCAGCGAGUUCACACUGGGGAGAAGCCGUUCACCUGCUCAGUCUGUGGGAAGGGAUUCACUCGGUCAUGCGACCUACAGAGUCAUCAACGUGUUCACACUGGGGAGAAGCCGUUUCCCUGCUCUGUAUGUGGGAAUAGAUUCACUCGGUCAUUCGACCUACAGAUUCAUCAGCGAGUUCACACUGGGGAGAAGCCGUUCGGCUGCUCAGUCUGUGGGAAGGGAUUCACUCAGUCAUCCAACCUACAGAGUCAUCAGCGAGUUCACACUGGAGAGAAGCCGUUCACCUGCUCAGUCUGUGAGAAGAGAUUCACUCACUCUUCUGCCCUAAUGGUACAUCAGCGAGUUCACACUGGGGAGAAGCCGUUCAGCUGCUCAGAAUGUGGGAAGAGAUUCACUCGAUCAUCCACCCUACAGAGACAUCAGCGAGUUCACACUGGGGAGAAGCCAUUCACCUGCAAAGAAUGUGGGAAGGGAUUCACUCAGUCAUCCCAACUACUGGCACAUCAGUCACGAGUUCACUUCGGGCAGUGGCCGUUCACCUGUUCAGUCUGUGGGAAGAGAUUCACUCAGUCAUCUGACCUACAGAGGCACCAUCGAGUUCACACUGGGGAGAAGCCGUUCGCUUGCUCAGACUGUGGGAAGAGAUUCACUGAGUCAUCCAACCUACUGGUACAUCAGCGAGUUCACACUGGAGAGAAGCCAUUUACCUGCUUAGUCUGCGGGAAGGGAUUCACUCAGUCAUCCAACCUACACAGUCAUCAGCGAAUUCACACUGGGGAGAAGCCAUUCACCUGCUCAGUCUGUGGGAAGGGAUUCACACUGUCAUCCACCCUGCAGAGUCAUCAGCGAGUUCACACUGGGGAGAAGCCGUUCAGCUGCUCAGACUGCGGGAAGGGAUUCACUCGGUCAUCCCACCUACAGAGUCAUCAGCAAGUUCACACGGGGGAGAAGCCGUUCACCUGCUCAGUCUGUGGGAAGAGAUUCACUCAGUCAUCCCAACUACUGGCACACCAGUCAGUUCACACUGGGGAGUGGCCAUUCACCUGCUCAGUCUGUGAGAAGAGAUUCACUCACUCUUCCACCCUACAGAGACACCAGCGAGUCCACACUGGAGAGAAGCCGUUCACCUGCUCAGAAUGUGGGAAGAGAUUCACUGAGUCAUCUCAUCUACAGAGUCAUCAGCGAGUUCAUACUGGGGAGAAGCCAUUCACCUGCUCGGUCUGUGAGAAGAGAUUCACUUGGUCUUCCGACCUACAGAGUCAUCAGCGAGUUCACACUGGGGAGAAGCCAUUCACCUGCUCAGAAUGUGGGAAGAGAUUCGCUCGAUCAUCUACCCUACAGAGACACCAGCGAGUUCACACUGGGGAGAAACCGUUCACCUGCUCAGUCUGUGGGAAAGGAUUCACUCAGUCAUCCAACCUACAGAGUCAUCAGCGAGUUCACACUGGGGAGAAGCCUUUCAUCUGCUCAGAAUGUGGGAAGGGAUUCACUCAGUCAUCCAAGCUACUAGCACACCAGUCAGUCCACAAUGGGGAGUGGCCAUUGUUAUGAAUCCCUGGGUUUUGUUUGCUGUGGACUGUCAUUCUGAGAGAGAGAGGGAGAGAGAUUAAGGCGGCGAAUCAGUCUGACUUGCAUCUUGUUUACAUCGCUCGCAGCUUGUUUAGUUUUAACUGAGGACACACCCAGAGUCAGACGGAGAUGAAGGAGGAAAAAUGGAAGGACUGAAACCAGGGAACUGGUGGCCAAGGGUCACUGUUUAGAACUUUCCUAUGCCCACAAGUGUGGGUUAAUUAUCAAUUCAGUGUACAUCGAAUGUGUGGUUGUCACCUCGUUUGAUCUAUAGGAGUGGAUUGGAUUUGGGGUAUCCUGUUAAGACCACUUAUGUGUUAACCCUUGCCUGGGUGUGGUGUGGUAAUUCACUUGAAGACGAUACCCCUUGUGACAAGUCACUUUUGGUGAUAGUUUGUAUGUGGACUUGGAACGACGACGGAUAAAACCUACAGCGACUGUUCUCUCGUUUUACCACUGUGGAAGCUGUGGAAUUCAACGUUAUUGCCUUCUCUCGACAUUUACUCUGGAUUACAAAUAUCUCUCUCUCCUCAACUAUUCUGUGGUUGUACUGAACUUUCAUAGUUUACCAUCUCAAGACUCCAAGCCUUGUUUCCCCUGAGCUCAAUAGUUUGGGGUUUAUAUUCACACACACGUACACAUAGCUCUGUUAACUUUUGUUUAUCUUGCUUAAAUUACUAGAUUGUUAGUAGAUACUAAGAAAGAUAGUGGAUUUAACAUCAAAAACAGACUCUAGGUGUAGUCUAUUGCUGCUGACUCAUUUCUAAAGUGUUACGGUUCAUAACAAAAUUGGGGCCUACAUCCGGGAUAGGAACAGAUUUGGAGGCGUAUUGAUUAAUUAUCGAUUUCAUUGGGGAAAUCCCUUUUGUUUUAUUUGUGUAUGGAAAUUCAGCAGCAAUGGAUGUUGAUGGAUGUCUGGAAGCGCCAACCUCUGAGGCACUAAAGGACACCAGAAGGACUGAGUUGUUGAGUAUUGCUAAAAGGUUAAAACUUGCUAAGGUGAAAUUGACAAUGAGAAGGGCACAGAUGCAGCAGAUCAUAACUGAGCAUUAUGUAUCUAAGGGUGUGUUUAAUGUGGAGGAGUUGGAGGUGUUUCCUGAAAGUAAACCUAGUGAGCUUGAGCUCCAGUACAAGUUAGAAAAAAUAAAGAUGGAGGCUGUGAAAAGGCAGAGGUGGGUUGAGGCUAGACAGGCAGGAAAACAGAGAAGAGGUGGAAAAACAGAGAAGAGGCAGAAAAACAGGGAGGAGGCAGAAAGACAGAGGCUGUUCGAGCUGGAAAAGAUAGAUUGCAGCAAAAGGGUCUCGCGUUAGACUCUGGUGAUAAGUUUAAGGCCAGUCGUGAAGAUAUAUUGGUACCCCCAUUUGACGAGGCAGAGGUUGAUAAAUACUUUCAGCAUUUUGAGAAGGUCGCUCAGAGUUUAAAAUGGUACAAAGAGGAUUAGCUCAUUCUCUUACAAAGUGUAAUUAAGGGAAAGGCUCAGCAAACCUAUUCUGCUUUCACAGUUGAUGAAGCAGCUGAUUAUGACAUAGUGAAACAGGCUGUGCUCAAAGCUUACGAGUUGGUCCCAUAAGCAUACAGGCAAAAGUUUAGAAAUUUGAGGAAACCUGUGAACCAGACCUAUAUGGAAUUUGCUUAAGAGAAGUUUGUGUGUUUUGACCACUGGUGCAUAUAUAAAAAUGUAAAUGAUAAUUUUAAUAGCUGGAAAGAGUUGGUUUUAAUUGAAGAAUUCAAAAUGUGCAUCCCUGGUGACAUAGAGAUGUAAUUAGAUGGAAAGGACACUGCCACUUUGCAGGAGUCUGCAAGAUUAGCAGAUGAGUUUGCUUUAACCCACAAGGUUAUGUUUACCCUGAGUAACAGUUUCCAAAAGAAUAGCAGGGAUAACCAGGGUAAACCAGAAAUUAAAGCUGGGACUAGUGACAAGAGUAAGGAUGAAGGGAAGCAGUUGAAGGAGAAAUAUUCUGGUCUCUCUUGUUACUAUUGUAAGAAAGCUGGUUAUAUGAUGGCUAAGUGUUCCAUCCUGAGGAAGAACAAGGAAAUGGAGACAGUCCCAAAUACCUCUGAUCAGUAUGUUGAAGCACCUAUAAACCCACAGGGUUCUGAACAUUCUGUGGCGGCUCAGUUAAGGACUGAGAGGUCUGACCAAGUUAAGAAGGGAUUCAAGCAACACACAUCAAAGUUGCUGGUGAACGAAGCAGGCCGGGCAGCAUCUCUAGGAAGAGCUACUGUCGACGUUUCAGGCCGAGACCCUUC